CAAUGAAAUACUAACUGUACAGUGCAUGCACACUCCCCAGAGCUUACAACUCACUGUGUAUAAACUAAACAAUAUCCGCGACAAUAAGGAAAGCAGCAAGAACACAAAACUUAUCAUGAGAAAAAAAAUAACUAGCUUUAUAUCCUUUUUCUUGCCACAUGGCCAUGAAUGUCAGAGCACGGCAGCACUUGCGCUGUUUAUAAACUUCGAGGAAAGCGGAACUAUAGUGAAGCGUAUCAGGUUCCUACCCAGGACAAUAACACAGGCGGACACUGGACGUAGGCGGUCUGGAUGAAAUUGUUCUGUGCAGGCAGGUGAGCAGAAUGGAAGACCAAUGUUGCCCGAGGUGUAAAACUACAAAGUACAGGAACCCUUCUCUGAAAUUGAUGGUGAAUGUGUGCGGACAUACGCUAUGUGAAAGUUGUGUAGAGUUGUUGUUUGUAAGAGGGUCAGGUUCAUGCCAGGAAUGCAAUACUCCACUUAGAAAAAAUAACUUUAAAGUUCAGCUCUUCGAAGAUCCAACCAUAGACAAAGAAGUGGAGAUAAGGAAGAAAAUUCUGAAAAUGUACAAUAAACGUGAAGAAGACUUUCAAUGUCUAAGAGAAUACAAUGAUUUUUUAGAAGAAGUUGAAGAAAUAGUGUUUAAUUUGACCAACAAUGUAGAUCUUGACAAUAGCAGAAGAAAAAUAGAUAUGUAUCAAAAAGAAAACAAAGACACAAUCCAAAAAAACAAGAUAAAAAUGACAAGGGAGCAAGAAGAACUGGAGGAAGCUAUAGAAUUGGAGAAACAUGAAAAUGAGCAGAGGAGGCUUCUUCUCCAGAAAGAAGAGCAACUGCAGCAAGUGAUGAAAAGAAAGAACAAGCAAGAGUUCCUCGACCAGCUGGAAACCUCUCACCUUCCUGCCUCGAUUCUCCUGGCACAACACAAAGGCAGAUCAGUUCAAUUAGAAAUGCAGGCGGAAAAGCUGAAAUCCUUUAAAACUGAUACAUUUUCCACUGGAAUCAAAAAAGGUCACCACAUUGCUUCUAUGCCAGUUACGAAGAUUGAGGAGGCUUUAUAUCAAUACCAGCCUAUUCACAUUGAAACUUGUGGUCCACAAGUUCCACAAAUAGAAAUGCUGGGAAGGCAAGGGUAUCUAAACCAGGUGCGAGCUGCCUCCCCGCAGGAUUUGGCUGGAGGCUACAUUUCUUCUCUUGCCUGUCACAGGGCACUACAGGAGGCAUUUAGUGGACUAUUCUGGCUGCCACAUUAGCCCACGUAUCCCUGGAAGAAAUGGAGACAUUGGCAUGGAAUCACAUGGGCAGAACUGGUAGAACUCCUGCCAUCUGCACCAGCUGCUGAGCACUUACAUAAAGGCAGCCGUGUUUAAGCAACAGAAAUACUGGAGAGAGAAUGUGUUUUGGAAACCUAAAGAAAUGGAAUCUAUUUCUGCUCCUAAAGCACAACUGAAACAACAAGCCACGUCUGAUGGAAUAAUCCCAUUUAGAUCACUGGCAGUUGCAACAUUGUGUUCAUGUUUAAAUAAAAAUCACUUUUAUUAGUCUGCGGCUUUUUUCCCAUUGUACAUGACUUUGGUGAAGAAGUGUUUCUAAUACAUUCUG